ACUAGUGCGUCCCCUGCCCGUUCUCCUUCUCUCCUCUCCUCUCCCCUCCCCUCCAUUGCAGAGAAAACCCCAACUCCACCACCCAACCAACCACCCACCGUUUCCACCACCUCCGCCUUCUUCGGAUGCUUUUGCUGCUCGGCGCGUGCGUCCACUCUUGUUAGCCCUUCGCAGCUGCUGCUACUCAGCCGCGCUGCAGAGAACUUGGGUUUCCAACCAAACAAAACUGCCUUCUCGGUUGCAUCGCUCGCGCCGUCGCUUCCGCAAGUUCGCAUUUCCGAUCGGAGCACAAGAAUGGGGAAAAGUGGCUUGAUUGGUCGGCUGCAGGAGAGUGAUAGCAUGAGUGCUGCUGCUGGUCAUGAGGAAGGCAGUGAGGAAGAAGAACCAUAUGAAUAUGAAUUCUACGGUGAUGAUGAUGAUGAGCCACAGGAUGUGGAGCACUGUGAUGGCACAGCUCUGCCUGAAGAUGAGGAACCUUUCAAACUAGAGCUUUGCAGCGAUGAAGGCAGCGGCAAGUGUGGCUCAUCUCAUCCAGAGCCUUGCAUCAAUCUGGUGCUUGAUGGCAACAAUAUUGGCAGGAAGCAGCUGUAUGAGUCUAAGCCAUGUCAUGGUCUGAUGGCUGACGAGGAUGAAUUCGUUGAGAAGAAGUCCAACUAUUUGCAUCCUUUGAAACAGGGACAAAGUAAGAAAGAGCUGAAACAAGUGCUAAGGCACAGCAACUCUGUGCAGAAGGAGGUAUCAGUGGCCAAAGAAAAGGAAACAAUGCCGUUCAAAAAACGGUUAUCUGUCAAGUUUGCUGCUGAUGUAUCUUGUUAUACAUACAGUACUGAAAGUUUUGCUGCUGCUACCAUAGAGAAAAGGAAAGCUCAAUCUGAUGACCAGGACAAGCACCUGUGUAAGAGACAAGAACACUCAUUUUCUUCACCCCAUGAUGGGGGAAAGCUGAAAGAAGGGGGUGGCACUAAUUUGUUUGUGGGUAACCUACCACCUUCCGUGGCUUCUCACAAGCUCAUCGAACUAUUUCUACCAUUUGGAAGAAUUGUUAGAUCUAGAGUUGCGGAUGAUUGCUUCACUGGUGUGAGCAAGGGAUAUGGCUUUGUGGAGUAUUCUGAUCCUUGUUAUGCUGCUGAAGCUAUUAAACGCAUGAAUGGACGCAUGAUCGAGGGAAAGAUGCUAGAGGUCAGAGUGGCUGAUGCUUCAUCAUCAGGAUCCAAUCCAUCUGUUCAUGCUGUAUCAGAGACUGCUCAUCAACCCACAAAAGAAACAGACACAAGUAAACUGUAUGUCCGCAACCUUCCCUUGCUCAUGAAUAAGGACAAAUUGCUCGAACUUUUUGUACCUUAUGGGCAAGUCACUAGUGCAAAGGUAGCCAUGGAUUACACGACAGGAUUAAGUAAAGGAUAUGGCUUUGUGAAGUUCUCUGAUGCCCACGAUGCAGCACUAGCCGUUAUGCAGUUGAACGGACGUCUGGUUGAGGGGAAGAAGAUAGAGGUUCUAGUAUCUGUUAUGCCUCUUAGACCAUCAAGCUCACCUGUGGAAUCACAUGCUGAAAAUAGGACCCUCAGAGAGAUUGACAUGUCUAAUCUAUAUGUCUAUAACCUCCCCUCGUCCAUGAGCACUGCCAAGUUGGUGGAGCUUUUCCUGCCAUUUGGUAAGAUCACCCAUGCGCGGGUGGUGGAACAAACCAAUAAUUCAAGUAAAGGAUACGGAUUUGUCAAAUUUUCUGAUUCUCAUUGUGCUGCCGAGGCAGUCGCAUUGAUGAAUGGAGCACUGAUUGAAGGGGAAACGAUCUUGGUCAGAGUUGCUGGUCUUUCUCCAUCGGAGUCCAGCUCAGUUUCACAGCAUCCACCACACUCGGUAACAAAUGUCUCUCCAGAAAUCAAAAAGUGUAGACUUUACGUCACCAACCUUCCGCAGUCCAUUACUGCUGAUAAGCUUGUUAGACUUUUCAUACCCUUUGGUCAGAUUGACAGAGUGGUGAUGAAGGUGGAGUAUAGUCUUGUGCUAUAUGCAGAUACAAACUCAGCAACCAAGGCUGUCCAACUCAUGGAUGGAUAUAUGAUUGAAGGAAAGAGGCUAGUAGUCAAGGGAUCAGAGCCUUGUCCAGUCAAUGCAGUAGACUCUGGUUGUUCGCAGUCAGGUAGCAAGCUCGUAAAAGAAAUAGACAUGGCCAAUCUGUAUGUUGGCAGGGUUCCAUCAGCUGUGGCCUGUGAUCAGCUAGUUCAGCUUUUUUGCCCAUACGGAGAAAUUGUUCAAGCUAAGAAGUUUGAUAUACCUGGGUAUGGCAUGAUUAGGUAUGCUGAUGCUUCUGCUGCUGCUGCCGCAAUCCAACAUUUGGAUGGUUACCAGAUUGGAGGAAGCACCCUAGCUGUGAGAGUAGCAGGGCUUCCUGCAGAAUCUGAUGCAGCCACAAAUGCGCACAAAGAAAUUGACAUGACUAACCUAUACGUGUGCCACCUCCCACCAUAUGUCACUACUGAGCAUUUGAUUGAACUUUUCCUGCCAUGUGGCCAAAUCACUCGAGCAAAAGUAGUUGUGGAUAAGUUCACUGGUGUCAGCAAGGGAUUUGGAUUUGUCAAAUUUGCCGAUGCUUACUCUGCUGCUGUUGCGAUUACUCACAUGAAUGGUUACCCAUUGGAGGGGUAUGUGUUGUCAGUUAGAAUAGCAGGUGUUCAGCUGGGUGAUAUGGUCAGCGACAUGGCACAUUUCUACUCCUACUUCACUUCCCCUGAUCUGUCGAGGAUGGCUGUUGGGAUCCCAGCAUCACACUGGCCAUACUAUUAUGGUGAAUCCGCAUACACCCCAUACUAUUAUGGUGAAUCCUCAUACAACACGCCGACCGUGUACCAGGGACAAGGUACUGAAUCUGGAACUGCUGCUGAUCAAACAUCUCAGCUAGAAGGCCCGCCUGGAUCUGAACCGGUUGGUUCAUCUUCUGUGUCACACACUGUUGUUUCUGAUCGUUCUCAGUUGGAAGGUUGGAUUUGUCCACCUGGCAUUGAGCCCCAUGCUGUCGUGACGAAAGAUGCCUCUGUGUGGACAGGUCCACCUGGCUUUGAGCCUCCUGCUAUAGCCAAGAAAGAUGCAACUGUGUGGACUGGUCCACCUGGCUUUGAGCCUCAUGCUGUUCACAAGAAAGAUGCCCCUGUGAUGAAUCCUUCUCAAGCUUGCUCAAAGGUUCUUUUGGCACAUUCAGAUGGGAGCAAGAAAGAAAGUUCGGUUGUCUAACUUAACAAUCAUCUGCAUCAGGCUACCUGUAGUUUGAUAUAAAUUAGCAGGUUGCUCUUCGUAUAAAUGUGUUUUGGGGAAGAUUAGACUUCAAUAGACUACAGUUCUCCCUCAUGGAAGAAGCUGUAUCCUAACCUUAGUAGCUUAGUUAAGUACUUAGAUUAUGGCCGUUGGAAAACAAUGUUAGUGGAGGUUGUGAUUUUAACAGAGAAUGGCUUCUUCGCAUGGUUGCCUAUGGUGCCAAGUGAUGACCUAUCGAGUUU